GAAUACAAUUACAAUAAUUUGUAUAUAGAUAUCAUAUAAAUAGCGGUCUUGAAUGUCUCAGAAAUUUAGUCUUUAAAGCAAAUUUGUCGAGAUGAGUAGAACGCAACGUUUCGCCUUACUUUCAGUUUUUCUGGUAAUUUUCGGUGGUCUCGAUGCCAAUACAGCGACCUUAUCGGGCAACGAUAUCUUCAGUGUGAGACAUUUACCGGCGAAUUGCAAUGAAGCGAUUCAUUUGGCAGGAAGCAAAGCUAAAAGUGGCAUAUAUAAAAUACAAUUGCCUCUACCAUACGGUGAUGGUAAAGCGUUCUAUGUGAACUGUUUGCUGGAUCCAUCGGGUGGAGAAGCUUGGACGCUAAUACAACUAAGAAAAGACGAAUACAUGAACUUUUAUCGUGGCUGGAAGGAGUACAAGAACGGCUUCGGCAACUUAAAUAGGAAUUUCUUCAUUGGUCUCGAUAAAUUGCAUGCACUAACGGCUUCACAAUUGCACGAAUUAUGGAUCGAGUUGAAGGAUUUCGACAAUGUGACGAAAUAUGCCAAAUAUGACAGUUUUGCCAUUGCUGACGAAAUCCAAAAAUAUGCAUUGAGUAUUUUGGGAGAAUAUUCUGGCACAGCAGGUGAUGCCAUGUUAACCAUACACGAUGGCGCCAAAUUCUCCACAUUCGAUCAAGAUAAUAGUGAACGAGGUUCUAAUUGCGCAGAAUUAUAUAAAGGCGGUUGGUGGUAUGGCAAACGUGCUUGCCACAAAAGCAACUUAAAUGGACUAUAUCUUAAUGGUGUUACUAAAUCGUUUGCUGAUGGUGUAGUUUGGGAACCUUGGCAUGGCUAUCACUAUUCGCUGAAAUAUGUGCAAAUGGCAAUUAGACCUAAAAAUCUGCUCAUCAAUAAUAAAUUAGUGAAUUAAUAUGGGAUUAGAACGGCUGAGCGCCGUGUUAAAAAAUAUUUAGCGAAAGAGAGUAGAAUUAAACACCUCUAUGAGAAUACAUUUAAUUAAGUAAUUAUUAAUUAAGAUAAAUAAAUAGCUUCUAGUAGACAUCAAA